AUGUCCCUCCAAGCGCGGCGCCUCAGCCUGCGGAACUCCCGAAUCUCUCCUCUCGCCUUCACGACCACGACCUCCGCCACGUCUGCCCCUCCCCCUGCCGACGAAACCGAAUGGGAGUCAGAAGCGGAGUCUUUAUACCGGCCCUCGCCGCGUCGGGCACGCACGCUCGAGCCCUCGUACCUAUGCGCGCCCGUGUCGCAGCACCAUCACAAGCGGGGGCGGUCCAGCGACGGGUCUGCGAAGUACAUCGAGUAUCUUGAGCGGCAGACAGCGGAGCUAACUGCGCAAGUAGCUGGCGCGGGGGUAGCCGCGAAGGGGCGCAAAGCUGUUGUUUCCGAGAACCGGAAUCUGCGGCUUGAGCUGGCGGAGUGGGAAGAAAGGUUUGAGGUCCGGGUGAAGGAUGAGACGGACAGGAGGAGGAAGAUCGAUGAGGCGCUUAGAGGCGCCGUCGAGGAGCUGCUGGGAAAGCUCGAGGAGUGCGAGGCGCAGCUGAGAGCGGCCCAGGCGGAGGUACUCAGAGCGAGGAAUAGGGAGAAGGAGUUGAAUGGUGUUGAGGAGGAGAAUAGGAGGCUUUGUGGGAGGAUCGAGACACUCACGGAGUUGUUGGCUGAUUCGACUGGGAGUCAGGGCAGGAGGAGUACGGUCGGCUCGCCGAUGGCGAGGAGGGCUAGGAGGGUUAGUAGUCUUUCGGGCUUGAAGGAUAUGGCAGCGCAGGAGGUGGCGAUGGAUUCGGAGAGCAGGAGGGUCAGCAAAGAGAGCGGGUCGUUUCAGGGCGCUGAGGACUAUGGUAUUACGGACAUGGACGCGCCAAUGUCCCCAGAAGGCUCCACAACCUCAUCUGUGGGCUACCGACGCCUCUCCUUCGGGGGAUCGCCGCCCACCUCUCCCAGCCCGCGAACACGCCGAAUGCGUCGCUUCCCCUCGGGCUCGAUAGCGCCGAAGACUCUAAUCCUGCCGUCGGCAGUGGUUGUGGACUCGCCCACCUUCUCCCCCUCCCGCGAGCUCUUCCGCCCCUCGUCCGCACACUCCAGAAACCGUCCCAGUGUCGAUCUGUCCGGCCGCAGCUUCUCUCACCCGAAUCCCCACCGUAACAGUCUUUUCGCCGAGCUCGCUGCCGCAGACACUGACUCUGAGGAAGAAGAGUCAGAGGCGGAGAACGAAUCGGAAUCCGGGGCGCCACCGACCACCACAGCAACAGCACCCAGCAGCACCACCGAAGUGUCUCUGUCCGUGCCAGACCCCUCCCCAGAUCCCGAGCCAGCGGUAUACUUCGAAACGCCCACUGCCCCCAGCUCCCCCGUCCUCUCGCCAGAAGACUACGCCUUCUCCCUCGUCGCCGACGAAAUCCGGUACCCCACCCCACUAUUCGCCAAGGUGCUAAACCACGUCCCAUCGCCAACCUCCACCUUCGUCUCCGCAAAGCGAAAAGCGAUCGACAUGAUGCUCGGCAACUCCGCGCGGGCGAUCACACCCGCGCCGAUCACGCGGCGGUCGGCGCAGCUGCUCCCGCCACUCUCCCUCCAGCGCACGCGGCGCACGCCCUCGACCUCUCGCAAAAUCCCAUUCAUACCUGCGCCCUCCUGCUGCCACGAAUGCGGCGCUCCGCGCGGCGGCGGCGCCGGCCGCCGCAAGGGCGCCGUCGGCGGAAUGCGGAAGCGCUCUGGCUCUGUCGUCCAGCCCACUGGCGAGGACGGCAUGGACGUCGUCUGGCUCUGGGUCAGGUUCAUCAUUGCUGUCGUUGUGGCGCUGGGCGUCGCCGUGAAGGAUGGGAGCUCACACCCGCUGCCGCCACCGAGGAAGGGGGGGCUGGUGGGCGUGGGCGACGACGAGGAGGGGAUCGAUCAUGUCCGUGAGGAGGAGAGGAGUAGAGCGCUGAAGAGGUUGGAGGGGAAACGGUGA